GCGCUCGUCCCCACCCCACAAGUUACGAUCAAUUCCGGGGCUCGACCCUUCUUCCGCGCGCAGUCUGCUCCGCCGCAGGGAGUGGGAGCGGACCGAGGAAGGGCGGCGUCCACGCCUGCGGGCCGUGAAGUCGAAAAGGAGCCGGGGCCACCUCGCCGAGUGGCCGAUGCUUGGCGGGGCCCCGCCAGGCGCCGGAGGCCGGGGCCGCCGCAGGAGACGCAGAGCGCGCCCCGGCUCGCAGUCGAAGGCCCCCCGGGGCGCGUCCCGAGUACCCCGGCUGUGCGGCGUCGGGGACCGGCCACCAGGCCUGACCCCUGGUCGGGAUUACAGGAGCCACCGCGGGGGAGAGGAGGCGGCGCGGCGGCCGGCCACAUGAAGCGGAGCCCCGCACGCAGCGCCUCUUGUUUUGGAGGCUCGCGUGGUUCUGCCCCAUUGGCCGCCGUGGGGGAGGCGGAGUUGCCGCCGCCGCCGCUGCUCCCGGGUUCCCUCCGCCGUCGGCCCCGCCCCCCAGCAGGAGGGGACCACAACUCCCACAAGGCCCUGCGCUCGGAGGGGGCGUGGCCGGGGCGAAGGGGAACCCGGGGGCGGGGCAGCCUGGGAGAUGAAGUGGGGGCGCCCGGCUCUCCGGACUCACUCGCCGCUGCCGGGAGCCGGGGAGGGCGUCCCCCGCGUCCGCACGGCGCGGACCUCAGACCCUGGAGCCUCGCAGCCGCCGGGAGCCGUCCCCUUGGGUCGUCGCCCGGGCCGCCCGUCGUUCCUCGGCCCCGAGGGGCCCUGCCGGUCGCGCUGUGGGAAGAGGUCAGCAUGAGCCAGGGGCCCCGGCGGGCCGGCGCCGGGCGGGGGGCGGCCGCAGUGCAGCUGCUGGUCACCCUGAGCUUCCUCCCUCGCGUCGUCGAGGCCCAGGUUACCGGAGUCCUGGAUGAUUGCCUGUGUGAUAUCGAUAGCAUCGAUAACUUUAACACCUUCAAAAUCUUCCCCAAAAUAAAAAAAUUGCAAGAGCGAGACUACUUCCGUUAUUACAAGGUCAAUCUGAAGCGACCAUGUCCUUUCUGGGCAGAAGAUGGCCAUUGUUCAAUAAAAGACUGCCAUGUGGAGCCCUGUCCAGAGAGCAAAAUUCCAGUCGGAAUUAAAGCUGGGAGUUCUAAUAAGUACUCAAAAGUGGCAAACGAUACCAAAGAAUUAGAAGACUGUGAGCAAGCUAAUAAACUGGGAGCAAUUAACAGCACGCUAAGUAAUCAAAGCAAAGAAGCGUUCAUUGACUGGGCGAGAUAUGAUGAUUCACAGGAUCACUUUUGUGAACUUGAUGAUGAGCGAUCUCCAGCUGCUCAGUAUGUAGACCUGUUGCUGAACCCAGAGCGUUACACCGGCUAUAAAGGGUCCUCUGCGUGGAGAGUGUGGAACAGCAUCUACGAGGAAAACUGUUUCAAGCCUCGAUCUGUUUAUCGUCCUUUAAAUCCUCUGGCACCUGGCCGAGGAGAAGAUGAUGGAGAAUCGUUCUACACAUGGCUGGAAGGUUUGUGCCUGGAGAAGAGAGUCUUCUAUAAGCUUAUAUCCGGACUUCAUGCUAGUAUCAAUUUACAUCUGUGUGCAAAUUAUCUUUUGGAAGAAACCUGGGGUAAACCUAGCUGGGGACCUAAUAUGAAGGAAUUUAAACGCCGCUUUGACCCUGUGGAAACUAAGGGAGAAGGUCCAAGAAGGCUUAAGAAUCUAUACUUCUUAUACUUAAUUGAGCUUCGCGCUUUAUCAAAGGUGGCCCCGUAUUUUGAGCGCUCAAUUGUCGAUCUUUAUACUGGAAAUGUAGAAGAAGAUGCUGACACAAAAAUGCUUCUACUGAAUAUCUUCCAAGAUACAAAGUCCUUUCCCAUGCACUUUGACGAGAAAUCCAUGUUUGCAGGUGACAAAAAGGGGGCCAAGUCAUUAAAGGAGGAAUUCCGCUUACAUUUCAAAAAUAUCUCCCGUAUAAUGGACUGUGUUGGAUGCGACAAAUGCAGAUUAUGGGGAAAGUUGCAGACUCAGGGUUUAGGAACUGCCCUGAAGAUACUAUUCUCUGAAAAAGAAAUCCAAAAGCUUCCAGAAAACAGCCCAUCUAAAGGCUUCCAACUCACUCGACAGGAAAUAGUUGCUCUUUUAAAUGCUUUCGGAAGGCUUUCUACAAGUAUAAGAGAGUUACAGAAUUUCAAAGUCUUACUGCAACACAGAAGGUAAUAAAGGCUUUUCUAUGUCUAAUUAGAGACAUAAUCUGACUGUGUGAAGCCUGUUGGUCUUGGACAUUCAGCAGAAGGAGACUAAUCUUCAAAGACUUGAAGAAGGAAUUCUGAACUCUUAAAGAGAAAAUUCAAAUGUUCACUUGAAUAUUUAUGAUUUUUAAUAGAUUGUCAAUUAGAGAUAUUUAUAAAUGAAGUAUAUACUUUUAAAACAUGUAAGUUAUACUAAUUCUGUGUUUAAUUUCAUGUUUCCAUCUGUUGAAUAUUCUGCUAUUCUGUUUGUUUAGAAUUGUUUUUUUCUUAUUCUGUUCUUUACUUCCAGUUGUCGAACUUAAAUGCCAUCCUAAUAAACACUGUUAGCAGUCUGUUAUGGAAAACGAGAGCUAGAGAACAAAUGUGGCUUCGGAUUAGGACCAGUGAUAAAAAUUUCUCAGUGACUUUUGUGUUCUUAGCCUUGCCUGAUGUCACCUUCUGUAAGCCGGACGUGUCAGUGUGGUGAACGGUCCUUUCAGUGUGUGGUUAUGGAGGGACUGAAGAAUCCCUAGGACUUCAACUUCAGUUUCAUUGGUUUUCAGUUAAGAUUUUUAGUGGCUGCUGUUGUUGCUGUUUUGUUUUGGUCUAAAGGCCCUGCUUCAGUAAAGGCAAAUGUAUACUAUCCCUUCCCUUAGCUGCCCAGCCAGACAGCCCAUGUGUGUCGUGGGCUGCUCCAGAGGGUUCUUUACUUAGAACCCAUACUAUGUAUCCAUUUCUUUUGAUUUUGCAUUUCUUUGUCCUGUCUCCAAUUUUAGAAAAUUUUUGUCUAGUUUGGGGAAAAAAAAUUUGCAUAAAUAUUUAAGUUUCACUUUGAUAAAAUUUGAAUGAAUAUAUGGACUUAUAAUGCCACUUUAAAACAGUAUACAUAAAAUUUACCCUUUUAAGUGUUUGGUUUUUUUUUUAAGGAUUUUAUUUUAGAAUACAAUCUAUGCAAUCCUCUCUCAACCUGAAUUUCUUCGGCAGGUUAUUUGAACAGGUAGAGGAGUUUGAGCCGUGAAGCUUCCCCUCUCCCUACCUUUCUUUUCAUUUUGGUUCAUCUUAUAUAAAUGGGACUUUGUGUGACUUGUACCAACAGAUGACCUUCAUGUCCUAAGCUCAUUUUCUAAAGCUGCGAUUUAAAUAUCCUCCAAUAUUUAAAAUAUUCUUUUAAAAGCUGUUUAGAGAUAGAAUGUGAUUAACUUGGAAGGAGGCAUCUGUGGAGAAGUAACGCGGGUACCAAACCUCAUUUCUCCUUCGACUCUUCAGUCUUUUAUGAAGUAAGUGCUCUUAAACCCACACCUUACCUGCCAGAGUCUGAAGCGUGUUCUGCCAUGACUUGGUGGUGUAUUUUAAACUGUCUUUAGUUGGCUCACCCCUCUUUUAAAAAUAUCUGGUCAUCCCUUGGAGGGAUAUGGUUGAAAGGUGUAAAGUCUCACUAAUUAUUUUCUUGCCCAAUUUCAACCUUUAGAGACCCAGGGUUUUUUGUUGUUGUUGUUGAUGGUGGUGACUUUUUGUUUGUUUGUUAAGUUGAAUAAAACAGGCUUGAUUGGAGCCUUCUCCAUUUCUUCAUUUUUAGGGAUGUAAGUAUUGUGUGUAAGAGAGGGGAACCUUAAGGUAAACUUGUCUAAAAAGUGAAAUAGUAAUCUUGCUGGUAAAUUAAAAAUAAUUAUUCUUAGUGUUCAUUCAGAGUUUAAGAAAAUGUGAAAGCUUUGCACUUUGUCUAUUAUUACUGUAAGUUUAAAAAUCUUUUUGGUAGUGUUACUUCACUGUUCCCUCAGUUAAAAGCUAUUAUUUAAAUUCUGUUAACCAGAGAAAAUCCGUGGUCAUUUCCAGUGAUUGUUGGGUUUUAUUUUGUUUGUUUUGUUUUUUUCUUUACUAUGAUUUGUUUCAAGCUUAAGAAAAAAUUGUAUAUUAGAAUGAGUUCUAGGAAACUAACAGGUUAAUAUUAAAAGUUCUUCUCAAGUGUUUAAUGAAUUUUUGCACCACCGAGAAAAUAAACGAAUGAAGUAUUCUUAAGCUGAAAUUUGAUGAACUUGAUUUUACCACAAAUUGGAUUGUUGGGGGUAAGCCUACAUUUUUGUGUCUGUGUGUAUUUCUUAAAUGAUUGUAUAGGUGUAGGACUGUUUUGUAGCCUGGUGGUACUGUAUGAUCUUUGUGAUAUAACCUGUUUUUCUAUGUCCCAGACCCUUUGUCAUGCAGAGACACUAGAGGACUGACUGCCUUGUGCAAACGCUUGGCUGGUAAUUCCUCUCUCAUUUUGUCUUUAUCUCAUCACCUAAUUUCAAAGUCCAGCACUUGAUAAUAUAACUGACAGAAAUGAUUGUACCAGCUGACUGAGUCAUGAAAAUGAAGGAAAAGAAUUCCUUCCUUCAAUGGCAUGAGGUUUUUUUUUUUCCUUAAGUGGCAUCUAUGUAAGUUAGAAAUACUAUAUAUUAAAAUUGGUGAAAUUUGAA